AUGGCGCCGUUUUGUACUGCUAUUGUCUUUUGUAAUCGAUACCGUGACCUUCGCGUCCAUCUGUACGACCGUUCUGGGGGGCUGGUGUCCCCUGUGUUCAACAUCAACAACAAUCCAGAUAUGUAUUUGCAAAUACUCGCUGGGAUCGUGUUUGGAGGUCCCCAGUGUCUUGGUUAUGAUUGUACCGUUGUAUUUUAUGACCCCAUCGGUAAAAUUCACGUCAAGGAGAAGUUCUACAAUAUACUCCACACCUUGUUCUACAGUCGAGGUCUUACAGGCAGGGGAACUGUUUGUUAUUUGGUCGAGUUGGGGGGUGAGGAAUUCAUUAUCAAAGACCAUUGGGUGCAAGGACAGGAUGACACGGACAUCCUGAAUGAGGUGGAAAUGCUGAAGUGGAUGCAAGGUGUCCCUGGUGUCCCUCACCUCGAAGACUAUUGGAUUGUUGAGAGGGAGAAGGGAGUUCCAGAUACAACAGGUGACUUUCGCUUCAGGCAUAUCCAGAGCACAUCCCACGCAUUUCGCGCCCAUGUUCGCCUUGUUCUCAAACCAUGUGCCCGUCCAUUACAUCAAUUCUGA